GCCAAAUAGUCAGCGAGAUAGUGUCAGAGCAACCUCGAAACUAAAGGAAAUCUGACCAUUCCAAAUGAUUGUGCAUUAGAGAGAAGUUAGCCGAUCUGCUUGACCUGUGGCGAUUGGAUAAACAUUUCAGGAACAACGCCUUGACUGGAUGUGUGAGGUUGCGUGCGAAAGACUGCGCAUGUCUCGAAGUCUUUACCUGCUUUCGGACUGAGCUUCACAUGGUCUCAAGUGAUCGCCAGCCUUCCCUCACUGCGAAGUAACCAGAGCGUGUGCCUGAGGAGAGGGCGGCCUGCCUUCCCGAGGAGCAGCGGGAACACAGACAUACAGAGAAGGCACUGCCAGCUAGUGCCACAGACCUUGGGGCACCUGCCUCCGGGGCUGCGCGUCUAUGACUGCUGCAGGGAACUCUCACUUUUGGAGAACGCAAUUUGCCAUGACUGCUAUCUGGUAAACUAAGUGAGUUCAAAGAAAGAAGCAAAGUUGCUGCGGAAGUUUUGGUGACUGCAGACAACAGUGUGUUGCUGUUUUUGGAGCUGAAGGUUGAGGCUGUUACCGCGACUGUUACUGAUUCCUCUCCCACUCUCCUAUUUCACCACCUCGGAACCCCAGUCCUCCUGGGGUGGUUUGUCGCAAUGUCUAAACCCGCGGAUCACGUUAAGCGGCCCAUGAACGCUUUCAUGGUGUGGUCCCGGGCACAGAGGAGGAAGAUGGCCCAGGAAAACCCCAAGAUGCAUAACUCGGAGAUAAGCAAGAGGCUGGGAGCUGAGUGGAAGCUGCUAAGCGAGUCCGAGAAGCGACCUUUUAUUGACGAGGCCAAGCGGUUGCGGGCGCUGCACAUGAAGGAGCACCCGGAUUAUAAAUACCGACCCCGCCGCAAACCCAAGACCCUGCUCAAGAAGGACAAGUUCGCCUUCCCCCUGCCUUACCUAGCCGAUCAGGACGGCCUAAAGGCGGCGGCAGCGGGGCUGCCGGAUUCCCUGCUGGGUUCGGCCGACAAAGCCCGGCUGCUGUUCCCGCACCCCGCCAGCCCGUACCCGCUUUUCGAUGCCAGCCCGUUGGGCUCCAAGCUCAGCGAGCUGUCCUCAGGCUCUCUGCCGUACGGAUCGCCGCUGGCUUACCAAAGCGGGGCUGCCGCGGCUGCAGCAGCGGCGGCCGCCUUCAGCGGAGCUCACACUCACAGUCACCCGUCUCCCGGGAACCCCAGCUACAUUCUGCCGUGUAACUGCAGCACCUGGCCGCCCUCAACCCUGCAGCCGCCCCUGGCUUACAUUCUCCUGCCCGGCAUGAGCAAACCCACGAUAGAACCGUAUCCUGCCGCUUAUGCAGCUGCCUUAUGACGACAGUCUCAACAAACGACAAAGUUUUCUUUAAUUCAAAAACAGGAUCGCACUCGUUGCUUACUCAACGCAGAACAUCCCCUACCACCCCCGAAUCCCCCCGCCGCCGACUUCCACCCCCCCCCCACCCCCACCCGCCAAAAAAAAGGCUUCAGAGACAUGGAGCUGGAAUUCGUGACUCAGUCAGGCGCUACCUGCUUACCGAGCAUCUUAGAAACAACUUGUCUCAAACUGUUUUUUUUGCGGGGAAGGCGGUGUUUUGGGGAGUGGACGGGGAUUGACUGUAAUUGUUUGUAAAGGAAAGCAACCUGCCAAUUCUAAUGGAUUGUUCAAACUUACCUUGUGGGUCUGUGUAUUUAUAAAUACAUUUCCUACCACGCACUUGGAUAUGCCAGACAACUUUCCUUUUGCUGCAGUCACCUUACCGACGGGACCAUAAUUCAAAAGAGAUAUUGGUGUAAAUGUUUGUGUACAAGGAGCUACUGCAAUCCCGGAUAUUGCACAUGGAGAUUGCGAAAUAAACUACCCCGCUGUGUGGUUCAAAUAUUCAACUGAGAGAACCUGCAUUCCAGACUUUCAAAUUGUAAAUCUGUAUAAAACAAAAAUCACUUAUUGUUCAUGUCAAUAGCUACCAGUAUCCGCGUAACGCCCCGAGGAAGACAGUACAUUUAUAAAUGUAGCUUCUAUUUGUUACUGGGCGUCUCCACCAUCUAACGUCGCCAAGAAAGUGAUGCUGGAGACCUGUAACUGUCCCCAUCCCAAACAAACCCAGACUGCGGCAAAGUAAAGCGGAAACCAAGCGGUUGUAAAUGUGUACAUUUCGAUGUUUGUUAUUGCAUGAUUGGUUCACAUUUUGUCUAUUUUUCCCCCUUACCAAGACGGCCUAGCUCUCUGCUUGACUUCUUGGAUUUAAUGUAAACAUACCCGAGGAAGUGACCUGUCUCCAAACGCAAAAAAAACAAGCAAAAUAAAGGGAACAGAACGAGGUGCUUCCACUGGGUGAAGCGGUCACUAUUUUGACUGACUUUAUUUAUUGUUUAGCUAGAGUAAUUUUUUGGUUCCCCUACCGCCGCCCCCCCCCCCCCCGCGACACUGGGACUAUUGUCAGUCUUUUCGAGUAACAUUUGCACAUGAAACAGGUUAUUUCCGACCUCAGCGUUCAGUCUAAAAGAUCAAACACAAAAUAAAGUACAAAUUAAUAGAAUACCAGGUCUAAUAGGUCACAUUUUUUUCACCAGGUAACUGUAUAGAGCACACAAGAAUAGCCUCUGACACAGUCAUCCAGUGCUAGCCUUGUCAUUGUUAUUAGUAUUAGUAUUACUGAUGGAACAAAAUCAACUUUCGAAUCCACCGAGUUGCUGAAACCGUCAAAUUAUUUUCUCCCACAGACAGGAGCACACAAACGGUGACGAUCGCUAACUUGAAGAAAUAUCUCUGACAAAGAACUGUAUUCACAAAAUGUGACCUUCAGCGGUACAUAAUACGCCGGCAACCUUUCCUUUUGAAACAUGAAAGUGUUAAAGUUGAUAUCAGCAGGGUCCAACAGUUUUGAUGGAGUUUGCUGCGAGUUUUCGGAGCAGCGAUUGUAUCAUUGCCAUAAAUCGACUUUCUUGCGUGUUAGUAUAAUUCAAGUGUUGCGUGGGCCCAGCAUGUUAUGACGUUUUUCAAAUGUUAGCAUUUCUCUAACAUAAAACAAUAAAGUGCGCGUUUUGCGAAUCUUUAUGAAGUUUUAAACAGUGCCGGUAUUUUUUGUUUUAAUUUAAUAGUAUACUCUGAAGAUUCUUGUAUUUUUCGGGUCUGAUUGCUACUCUGUUCAGUUGUUGAA